AUGACAACAGCAGUAGUAAAUAGUCGAUCAGAUGGCGAACUUUGCCGUAAUGCUUGCGGUUUCUAUGGCAAUAAAAUUUGGGAUGGCUUCUGUAGUAAAUGUUAUCGUGAAGUGUAUCAACAAGCCAAACAGAUUCAAGAAGUUUACGAUGGAAAACUAAAUACAUCAACUCCACCUUCGUCUCCGACAACAUCCAAUUCGAAUGAAAAACGUCGAUCCAAUCUUAGUAUGCGCAAUCCUCUUCGACAAAUGGUCCAUCGAGCUGGAAGUCUACGAUCAUCAAGUAGUUCGGUGAUAUCAGCGUUACUGAACGAAGAACAAACGGCGGAAAAUGAAGAUGCAAGUAAACAUUUAGAUUUAAUGAUAACGGAUGAUGCACGAGUUGAUAUCAAAUCUCAAGUGAAGACGUUUGCCAAUGGUUUUCAUAAGAAAUGUUCGAACAAAAAUACGGAUAUCGAUGUUUUAAUCCAAGAAUAUGGAACGUUUAAAGAUAUGAUCAAGAAACGAAUACAAACCAAUUCAUUAUAUCGAGAAGAGAAUGAAGAUCUGGUUCAUUACGUUCGAGAUUACGUCGAAAAAAUCGUCUUUUCCAAAGAUUACACGUUUAUCUUCAAUCGCAUUGCAAUGGAGAACGAAGAACAGGAUUUAUCCAUACAAAAUCGUAUCUCAGCACUCCAUUGGAUCACACCAGCGAUGCUAGACGCAGUUCUUAACGAAAACAUCGCCAACGUUCGAGAAACAGUCUACAAAGCAAUCAAUGCUUUAAUCGAAUUGGAUUCGAAAUCGACACCGCAAGGAAAAAUUCACUCGAUCAUGGAAUGUAAAUUAUUCAUUGAAGAAGCUCUCCGAACAAGUAGCGAACGAACGAUCAAUGCUGAUUGUUUUCUUCCUGCUUUGAUCUAUGUUGUCUUAAAAGCUAAACCGCCGAGACUGCACUCGAACAUACGAUUUCUCAGUGAAUUUUCUCAGCCAAGCGGUGAACAACUUUACUAUUUAGCAAAUCUCGAUUCCGCAGUUCGUUUUAUCGAACAAAUCGAAGCUGACCAUCUUGGUUUAUCGGUAAACGACUUUGAUUUGUACAUGCGUGGCGAACCUGUCUUACCGUCGAAAUUCGUUUCGCUGUUCGACUAUCCGAUGGAAUACAAUUCGAUCAAUGAUCAAUUAAGAAAAAUUUCUCAAGAAUAUUCUCAAAUCGAACAUUAUUCAGGAAAAAUUGAUGAAAAUAUUCAAGAUUUAACUAAACAUUUGACUCAAUCGAUCGCAGAUGUGAAUGAAUUAUUAAAUCAUUCAUAUAAACGCUUCUCUCCUUUCGAACAAAUCCCUUCAUCAGUCACAGCUGAGCCAAAUGAAGUAGCUGAAUCACUCACUCACUUAACAGUGAAGUCUCAGCAUUCUUCAGACAGUUAA